UGGCCCUCUAUUGCAUAGAACAAAUUAGUCAUUUGGUGGUUUGAAUUGUCAUAUUUGCCAACCCACCAUGGCCGAGGGGAAGCAGCACCACCACCUCUUCCACCACAAGAAGGACGAUGGGGACGCCGCCUACUCCGAGACGGCCACCACCUACGCCAGUGGCGGCCCCCAGGGUGGCUACACCGAGACCACAGUGGUGACUGGGGUGGGUUCAGGCACGGGGGGUGUCGAUUACCGGAAGGAGGAGAAGCACCACAGGCACCUCGAGGAGCUCGGCGAACUCGGCGCUGCUGCCGCCGGCGCUUACGCCGUGCAUGAGAAGCACCGGUCGGAGAAAGACCCCGAGCACGCCCGCAAGCACAGGGUGGAGGAGGAAAUAGCGGCGGCAGUGGCGGUCGGAGGGGGCGGCUACGCUUUAUAUGAGCAUCACGAGAAGAAGGAGACGAAGAGGGAAGAUGAGGAGGCUCAUGGAAAGAAGCAUCACCAUCUCUUCUAAUUUACGUUACACCUGCAUAUUAAUCUCUCUUUCGAUGUUAUAUUCGAUCGUAUCGGCGUGAGGCCGUCCUAGUUAAAUAAUACUUCGUGUGCAUGCACUUUCUUA